AUGUGUGUGUAUGUGGCACAGGUCUCUGGAGGUAAUACGAGGGAAACUGACUUUGAGGAGCAGCUCUGUGUGAAUCUCUACGGCAUCACUCUACUUCCACUGCCAACGGACAUGGACGUGUCAGAGGGGUCUCUCACUGUCACUCUCAGCCUGGGGUCCGGUGGACGUAGUGGCUCCCCGCAGGACCCCAUGAUCACAGGGCAGCUGAGCAAGCCGCUGCUCUCCCUGCGCAGCGACAUGAGCGCGGCAGAACUCCGGGACAAAGCAGGCAGCCCCGACAGCGACCUGAACGACGAGCCCUUACUGCUGCCCUCCGACGCCCCGGACCGAGAGGGGACCCCCAGCAAACUGUUCGGCGCCCGGGACGGAUCAGUGCAGUCCGACGCCAGCAGCAGCCCCUCGGAGCAGUGCCACAUGGGCCUGUCCCACCCUGCGUACCCCAUGGGACCGCAGUCACUCUUGAUGGCGCAGCAGUUGGCCAACGCAGUAGGUGGUGUAAUGUCUGGGGCAGCUCCAGGCAUGAAUCAGCCCAUCCUUAUCCCAUUCAACGCAGGCGGACACCUGGGCAGCCAGCAGGGCCUGGUUCUGUCUCUGCCCACAGCCAACAUCCAGAGCCUGGUGGCUGCUGCCGCCGCAGGAGGCAUCAUGAGCCUGCCACUCCAAAACCUGCAAGCUACCUCAUCACUCAACUCCCAGCUCCAGCACCUCCAGCAACUCCAACAGAUGCAGCAGCAGCAGCAGCAGCAGCAGAGCCACAGCCACAGCCACAGCCACAACCAGCUGCCCCACCAGCACCGCAUGACUCCCCCCAACCAGCAGACCUCUGUCCCCUCCCCGGGCUCCACAUGCUCCUCCAGCGGACAGCCUCAUCAGUCCCCCCCACACCGGCCCAACCAGUCCCCCGCCCGCAGCUUGCCGUCACCUGUCACCCCACCCAUGUCUUUGCCGCAGCUCAACCCUCUGGCCAGUCAGGCAGCAAUGGCAGCGGCCGCAGCCAUGGGCUCCAUGGGCUCCAUGGGCUCUCAGGUGUUUGGGAACACCCUGUCAAACCUACAAGGAGCGAGUGGACAGCUGGUGACCAAUGCACAAGGACAGAUAAUUGGAACAAUCCCACUGAUUCCCAACUCUGCAGGGCCCUCCAGCCAAUCAGGGGGUGGCAACCCAGCACUGCAGGUUCAGCCAAUUACACCUCAGCUUCUGACCAACGCUCAAGGCCAGAUCAUCGCCACGGUGAUCGGCAAUCAGAUCCUGCCUGUCAUCAACACCCAGGGAAUCACGCUGUCACCAAUCAAGCCUGGACAGCAGUUGCCCCAGGCCCCGCAGGGUCAGCCGGGCCCAGUGACGUCCCAGUCCAGUCUGAUGCACAUGCACAGACAGAGCCCCCUGCACCAGGCCUCGUCCUCCUCCUCCACCUCCUCCUCCGCCUCCUCGGCUCUCAGCGUGGGGCAGCUGGUCAGCAACCCGCAGACCGCCCCCAGCGAGGUGGACGGGGUGAACCUGGAGGAGAUCCGAGAGUUCGCCAAAGCUUUCAAGAUCCGCCGCCUGUCACUGGGACUGACGCAGACUCAGGUGGGCCAGGCUCUGAGCGCCGCAGAGGGGCCCGCCUACAGCCAGUCCGCCAUAUGCAGACACACCAUCCUGAGAAGCCACUUUUUCCUACCACAGGAAGCCCAGGAGAACACUAUAGGUAACAGUCUGACUGGGAAACUGAACCCUGGCCUUUUAUAUCCUGCCAGGUUUGAGAAGUUGGACAUCACCCCUAAAAGCGCCCAGAAGAUUAAGCCCGUUCUGGAGCGCUGGAUGGCCGAGGCCGAAGCACGCCACCGCUCCGGGAUGCAGAACCUGACUGAGUUUAUCGGCAGCGAACCCUCCAAAAAACGCAAGCGGAGGACCUCGUUCACCCCGCAGGCGCUGGAGAUCCUCAACAGCCACUUUGAGAAGAACACACACCCGUCGGGACAGGAAAUGACCGAGAUAGCCGAGAAACUGAACUAUGACCGCGAGGUGGUGCGCGUGUGGUUUUGCAACAAGAGGCAAGCUUUGAAAAACACGAUAAAGCGCUUGAAACCUCCGGAGCUGGGUCCAGGCAUGGCCAUGGACACACUGAGCGACUCUCUGGAGGACCUGCCCAAGUGA